UGCAGGAGGCCACGGGUUCAAAUCAGACACCUCCCCGAUGAGGCGUGAGGAGGACGACGACCUGCUGGAGGAGGAGGAGGAGGAGGUGGGCGUGGCCAGGCCGGUGCAGAUUGUGGUGGCGAAUGAGGAGGAGCACUCGUUCUCGCUGCAGGAGGAGGCGCUGGAGCGGCUGCUGCUGCAGGAGGAGGUGCAGGACCUCCACGUGGUCGUCGUCUCCGUGGCCGGAGCUUUCCGCAAGGGCAAGUCCUUCCUGCUGGACUUCAUGCUGCGCUUCAUGUACAAACAGUCCGGUUCGUGGGUCGGCGGCGAGGAGGAGCCUCUGACCGGCUUCACCUGGCGAGGCGGCUGCGAGAGGGAGACCACGGGCAUCCUGGCCUGGAGCGAGGUGUUCGUGGUGGAGAAACCAGACGGCUGCAAGGUUGCAGUUCUCCUCAUCGACACACAGGGGGCGUUUGACAGCCAGUCGACCAUCAAAGACUGCGCCACGCUGUUCGCCCUGAGCACCAUGACCAGCUCCGUGCAGGUGUACAACCUGUCCCAGAACGUCCAGGAAGACGACCUGCAGCACCUGCAGCUCUUCACCGAGUACGGACGCCUGGCCAUGGAGGAGGUCUACGAGAAACCCUUUCAGACGCUGAUGUUCCUGAUCAGAGACUGGAGUUACCCCUACGAGCACCCGUAUGGACUGGAGGGAGGACGCAGCUUCCUGGAGAAGAGACUGCAGGUGAAGCAGAACCAGCACGAGGAGCUCCAGAACGUCAGGAAACACAUCCACUCGUGUUUCUCCAACAUCAGCUGCUUCCUGCUGCCUCACCCCGGCCUCAAGGUGGCCACCAACCCGCACUUUGACGGACGGCUCAGCGACAUCGACGAGGAGUUUAAGAAGGAGCUGGUGAAGCUGGUCCCAACGCUGCUGUCUGCAGAGAACCUGGUGGAGAAAGAGAUCGGAGGAGCGAAGAUCACCUGCAGAGACCUGCUGCACUACUUCAAA